ACUUUUAAUGGUAUUAACAACUCUCUUUUAUACAUAGAUCUCAAAUGUGGUACCUUAUCACAGCGAUGUAUCUGGUUCUUAUUCUUGGAGCAACUCAUGGUCUCUUUCGACAUCAAAAAUCUGUGAACCCUGAAGCAAAUAUGAACAUUAGCCAGAUUAUUUCCUACUGGGGCUACCCUGACGAAGCAUAUGAUAUUGUAACUGAAGAUGGUUAUAUACUUCGCCUUUAUAGAAUUCCUCAUGGGAAGACAAACAAUAUUAACAAUUCAGAUGCUGGUUAUGAUGUGUGGAUGGGAAACAGCAGAGGGACUACCUGGUCCAGGAAACACUUGUACCUAAAAACAAAUUCCAAAGAGUUCUGGGCUUUCAGUUUUGAUGAGAUGGCCAAAUAUGACCUUCCAGCUUCUAUUGAUUUCAUUGUGAAGCAAACAGGACAAGAUGAAAUAUUCUAUGUAGGACAUUCACAGGGCACUACUAUUGCUUUGAUAACAUUUUCCACCAUACCAAAAAUGGCUGAACGAAUAAAAAUAUUUUUUGCCUUAGCACCAGUUUUUUCCAUUAAACACUCAAAAAGCCCUUUAAUUAAGAUGGCAUACAAGUUGAAGUCAGUGAUCAAGGCUUUUUCUGGAAAUAAAGGCUUUUUACCUAAUACUGCAUUUAAAAAUUUUGUUGGUUCAAAGCUGUGCCCACUACAGCUUCUUGAUAAGAUUUGCCUCAACAUCUUGUUUAUGAUCUAUGGAUAUGAUCUGAAGAACAUAAAUACGAGUCGUUUGGAUGUGUAUAUGUCACAAAACCCAGCAGGAACAUCUGUUCAAAAUAUGCUCCACUGGAGUCAGACAAGUUCUCCAUUGUAUGAUGUGACAAAUAUGAAAGUACCAACUGCUACUUGGAAUGGUGAAAAUGACUUGUUGGCUGACCCUGAAGAUGUUAAAAUUUUACUUUCUAAAAUCACAAACCACAUUUACCAUAAAACUAUUCCUUAUUACAAUCAUAUGGAUUUUUUGUUCGGAUUAGAUGUAUGUCAUGAAGUUUACUAUGAAAUUGUUGAUAUUAUCCAAGGCAAUCUAUAAAGCACCAUGGUACUCUGUGUUGAAAGAUCAGGGUACUCUGUGAUAAAAGAUCUAUAUAAUACCUAUUAAAAUCUCUUUUUUCCUUACUGUGUAUGUUUUUGUACUUAUUUAAAUUAAAUCUGUAAUUUUUAUCCUAUAUUUUUUCUUAUUGCACCUAGGCCCUUUACUUAUUAAAUUAGUGGUAUUUAUUGUCCCAGGAGAAAUAGCAGAUUAUAAUUCAACCCAAAGAAGUCUAUUGAGUUUCUAAAUGGAAUUGAAGUAAUUUAUAACAGAAAUAAUAAUCUUACACAUUCUCAAGUGCCAGAGAUGAUUUUUAAGAAAAAGUUUUUUUUUUCCUUUCAAAAUCUUAUGCAUUUACAUUAUAUUAUAAAAAGAACACCGGAAGUACAUUGGAAGGAUACUGGACGAUACAAAAAAAAUUUUCCUCUGUGCAGAAAGGAGAGGUCACUUUCUGAGCUAUGUAAAGGAGUCUGGGGAGAAAAGAAGAAAGAAAGCAUGGAUGCCAGUGUAAUGUUGUUGCUCUCUGCCCACUUCAGGCCAAGUUCCAGAAGCAGGAAGAUCAUGGAAACCAGAGAGGUGUUGUGCCUCACUUCCCAAAAUGUAGCUGGUGGAGUGAAGUCUGAACUUGCCUUUUCAGCUGAGCAUGUAUGCAUUUAGAGUAGCGAUAGUUGAGUGAUAUUCCUAGAUAAAUAGACCUGAAGAUGGCCUCACAAAAUAGUAUGCAGUG